AUGCAAGCAUUUCGAGAGUGGGUGUGGGUGUCGAUGUGGAUUCAUUUUUUCUUUACUCCACAUCCACAUCCACACCGACAUUCACCUUACCCAGUUGGAUUGCGAAAUGUUAUUUCUAUUGCAAACGAUUUUAUUUCAAAAACUUAUAAUCGAGAUUCAACUUACCAAAGUAUCAUUAUUUUACAAGUUGUAGACAAUAAAAUCAAUUUGGAAACUGAAAUUGUUAUCUAUCGAUAUCUAUUGGAUACUUAUGGAACAGGAGAACGAAUGACAAUUGUUCCUCAAAAACAGAUAGAUACUUAUGCAAAAGGAGAACGUGUGACAAUUGUACCUCAGAAACAAAUAGUUGUUUCAAAUGAGUUCACAACAGGAAAAUUUUUUGUUCGAGGACGAAAAAAAGGAUUCAUCGGCAUUAAAGAAUGCGCUGCUAAUGGUAAAUAUAUUAGUUUGGUUAAUCAUUCAUCGAAUAAAGAUAUUGAUAUAUCAAGAUGGGUAUUGAAACAACGUAUUGAUUCAACUUCCGAAAUUCGAUAUACAAUACCCAAUGGUACUCGACUUCAACAAGGAAAAGAAUUAAGAAUCUAUUCAAAACAUAAUGCUGAUUUAGCAAAUGGAAGUGCUAUUUCAGCAUUAGUACAAAAACAACUUGUAAAUAAGGAUGUAGCAUCAUGGGGUGUAGGAGAUAUAAUUGAAACGCGUCUAUUGAAUCAUAAUGGCGAAGAAGAAGCAUCAUAUUUACAAUCGAUGGAACUUAGAAAAAGCAAUAUGUGA